GACUUUGCUGUUCUUGAAGACUUUGUUGAGAUGCUUUCGUCUCUCACGUUCUCUUCUCCUUCCUUUGGUGAAACUUAGAUCUUCGAGGUUCAGAUCCUGCCAGGGCCCCCCAAGCUGUUGUUAAUCUCAUGGUGGAUUGAUGACGACUUUCCUUCCUUACAGGUCGGAGCCAUGGUGGAUGCUGUGGUUAACGUGUUUCUGGAAAAACUGUUGAGCAGCCUCGAAGACAGAGGCAGAGCCGUGACGGAAUUCCAUUCGCAGCUCCAACAUCUGCAGGACCAGUUGCAGUAUAUGCAAUGUUUUCUCAGAGACGCAGAGAGACAGAAGAGGAAGAACCAGGUCUUACACAGACUCGUCUCCGAUCUUCGAGAAUUGGUCUACGAAGCCGAAGACAUCCUGUCCGAUUGCCAAAUUGGCGAAGGCUACGAAAAUAACGAGCAGAGAUUCUCAAACGGGUGGCUCUCGCAGGUCUCCCCUUCGAGGAUUUCGUUCCUGUACAGGAAAGGCAGACGGCUGAGAGAGAUCAACGAGAAAAUUAAGGGGAUAAACACAAGUGCAGAGCCUUAUCUAAGAUCGAGCAUGCCUAUCAAUGUCGGAGUGGACAGCAUGGACCGAUGGAGUUCUCCGGUGUAUGAUCAUACCCAAGUGGUCGGUUUGGAAGGGGACAAAAGGAAGAUCAAAGACUGGCUCUUUCGGUCCGACGAGAAAGAGCUCCUGAUGAUUGCCUUUGUCGGCAUGGGAGGUCUGGGCAAAACCACGAUUGCCCAGGAAGUGUUCAACGACAAAGAGAUAGAAAACCGGUUCGAAAGGAGAAUCUGGGUGUCUGUUUCCCAGACUUUCACUGAAGAACAGAUCAUGAGAAGCAUACUGAGGAAUCUAGGCGAUGCAAGCGUGGGAGAUGAUCUUGGAACGCUUCUCCGAAAAAUCCAGCAGUAUCUGCUGGGGAAGAGGUAUUUGAUCGUGAUGGACGAUGUGUGGGACAAGAACUUAAACUGGUGGGACAAAAUCUACCAAGGACUGCCCAAAAAUCAGGGUGGGAGCGUGAUUGUGACCACGAGGCUGGAGUCUGUCGCGGCCAGGGUCCAAGCCAGAGACAAGACUCACCGUCCGGAGCUCCUUAGCCCCAAAAACAGCUGGUUGCUUUUCUGCAAAGUUGCAUUUGCCGCAACGGGUGGGGACUGCGACCGGCCUGAGCUGGAGGAAGUGGGGAAGGAGGUUGUGAAGAAGUGCAAAGGCCUUCCUCUAACAAUCAAGGCAGUCGGAGGAAUUCUCCUGUGCAAAGAACCCGUGCAUCGAGAAUGGGAGAGAAUCGCCGAGAAUUUUCAGGACGAACUGGCGGAAAACACUUCCGACUCUCACAACGUGAUGGCUUCGUUGCAACUAAGUUACGACGAGCUCCCUGCCCACCUCAAGCCCUGUUUCCUCAGCCUCUCGCUCUAUCCCGAGGACUGUGUCAUACCGAAGCAGCAACUGGUCAACUGGUGGAUGGGUGAAGGAUUUUUCCCGCUGAGAAACCAAAGAUCCACAACCGAAGCUGCGGAAGAUUGCUUCUCGGGUCUCACAAACCGGUGUCUGAUAGAAGCCGUUGACAAAACCUACAGCGGAACCAUCCUCACUUGCAAGAUUCAUGAUUUGGUUCGUGAUCUGGUGAUCAAGAUAGCUGAUGAUGAUGCUUUCUACAACACGAAAGGCGUUAAUUCUCGUCAUGUCGGGAUUUCUGCAAACUUGGAUGAGAAGCAUAUCAAAACGAAUCAUAAACUGAGAAGCAUAGUGUCAACAACUAAGACUGGUGAGGUGAACAAGCUCGAUUCGGAUUUGGCUAAGAAAUUCACCGAAUGCAGGUAUCUCCGAGUUCUCGACAUCUCCAAGUCCAUCUUCGAAUCUCCUAUAUCCGACAUUCUCGACAGAAUUGAUAGUCUUCAGCACCUGACCUACCUUAGCUUGAGCAACACACAUCCGCUGAUUCAGCUUCCCCAAUCGAUGGAAGAUCUGCAUAACCUUCAGAUUCUGGAUGUGAGUUACUGUCAGAAUCUGAAACAUCUUCAACCCUGGAUCGUGUCCUUUAAGAAACUCCGUGUCCUAGACAUGACAAAUUGCGGUUCAUUAGACUGCUGUCCCAAGGGAAUCGGAAAUCUCUCCGACCUCGAAGUGCUUUUAGGGUUUAAGCCAGCAAGAUCAAACCACGGCUGCAGGAUCAGUGAGCUGAAAAAUCUCACAAACCUUAGAAAACUCAGUUUGGUUAUGACUCGGGGCGAUCAAAUCAGGGAAGACGAAUGCGAUUGUCUGAUUAACCUAGGCAAACUUCGGUUCAUCACGAUCAAUUGCUACGACGCCUACGGUGACGAACUCAUCACCGGAGUAGAGACUCUGUAUCCUCCGCGACAGCUCUACGAGCUCUCUCUGCAAUUCUAUCCGGGAACCACAAGCCCUUCGUGGCUGAACCCUAAUUCACUUCCCAUGCUGAGGUAUCUAUCGAUAUGUUCAGGGAAUUUGGCGAAAAUGCACGAGAAAUUCUGGGGAAUAGGGAAUGGUGGAACUCACUGGAGCAUCGAGGGUUUGAUGCUGAGUUCGCUGUCGGAACUGGAAAUGGACUGGGAGGUGGUCCGGCGAGCGAUGCCUGAACUGAGGACGGUGAAUGCAAGCUGGUGUCCAGAGUUGGAGAGUUUUCCCAUCGAAGACGUCGGAUUCAGAGGAGGUGUAUGGAUGAAGACUGCACCUCGCAGGAGCUGAAGAAUGUGAGCAAAUAAAUCAGUUCGAGGAAUCAGAUUCAUUAUAAACGAUUUCAUUUUUAUAUUUAAACAUCAUGACAAAUGAUUGUAACCAAGUUGUACCAUUUAUUUUUUUUCCAGACUGCAAAUCAUAGUUUUCUCUCGAUGUAUACAAUAAGAUUAAACCCGAAGUUUAGCUGAGAGAUGCAGAAAACAAGAGCCCUUUUAUGGGUUCUUUCUUUACCCAAA